CCUUGCUGUGUGCUUUUUGAUUGUUGCAUUCUGACAAGUCAAAGAAUAUUUAAUUGGCUAUAAAUAUUUGGGAUGUCCUGAAAUCAUGAAAUGCACUAUUUUUGUGCACAUUUUCUAAAUGCUUCCUUUUCCCACAGCAGGAUAGUAUUUAAAAGGCUGUUAUGAUGACUUUAAAAAAAAAAUUAAUUGAAUCAGUUUGUUUUAUGUUACCUUAAAGUUAAAACAUAUUUGAACUCAAAUCUACCCCAUGAUUUAGAAUUGGCAUACCAUCCUGGGACCAGACCGGUAAAUAAAACUGCUUUCUCUUUCCUAGGCAUAAUACCCUGGCUAUUGGAAUAGCGGUGGAUGUAUUGGGUUGUACGGGGUGUGUUCAAGAGAGAGCUGCUGUAUUAAAUAAGAUUAUCGAAGUAGCACUGGAGCUGAAAUAUUCCAUGGGAGAUCUGUACGGUUUCUCUGCCAUCAUGAAAGCAUUGGACAUGCCUCAGAUUACACGGUUAGAAGAAACUUGGACAGUGCUGCGACGUACACACACUGAAAGUGCCAUUAUUUAUGAGAAGACACUUAAACCAUGCAUCAAAGCGCUAAACGAGGGAAGAGAGGAGAUCCCACUCAGUAAGACAACAAUUCCAUACCUCAUGCCUCUCAUUACUCUUAUGGAGCGGGAGUUUGUUACCUUUGAGGCGACUGAGUUAUGGGAGAGCAUUGAUGAGGGCUGUGAAAUAAUGCUCAAACACCUGGAAAAUGCUCGCAUCUUCACGUACAAUGCUGCAGUGUACGAAGCUAAUGCAAAACGGAUUCUUGCAGGUUUCGAGUCAGAUGAAGAACUUCUUGAGACAUUUCAGACAGAGUUUGCAAUGAGGCUGCUGUGGGGAAGCAAAGGAGCACAAGUUAACCAAACUGAACGUUAUGAAAAGUUCAUGAUGAUUUUGACAGCUUUGUCACGGAAACUUGAACCACCAUCACCAUCUCGGCAUGCGCAGCACUAGAGAUCUCUGGAAAAACAACCUAGAGGAUGGUCUGUUGUCAAAGCGCACUUCAUAAUAUAUUCAACAUAAUCAAGAAACAGUCAGUGUCUUAGCCACUUGCUGCCUAGGACUGGAUUUCAGUAGCUUCUGCUUGCACAAGUUUAACAUUCCAAAUAAAUUCUUAGAAGUAACUAAUGGCAGGGUAAAAUAUGGAAGCACUCCAUAGAAUGUUCCUGUUGUCUCAUAUUAAUCCUUGUUGUGAUGGGUUUAAUUUUCAUUACAAGGUACUGUGUAGCUGAAAUAUUAAGGACACUGGAGGUGACUCUUUGGAAAGACUUUGUGGCUGUCUCCAAGUGAAAGCCCAGGCCCUGUGCCUGAAAGUUGCCAGCUUGCAACGGGUAAAUGGUCAGAUGAUGUUUCUUUAAAUGUUGGUCAUUGUAAAUAUCAAAUAAGAAGGUAAUUGCUUUUGCCAGAAGGUUUCAGUCAUUUAAUAUAUUUUCUUACUGUAAUAUCAAACAAGAACGUGUAAAUAGAUUUACAUAAAAACAAAGACAAUUACAAAUGAUAUUUUAUGCAGUACUGCAGAAUUACACUGCAGAAAGUGUAUUAAUGUAAUCUAGUAAAAGAAAAUGCACUGUUUCUUUA